CGCGCCAAGUUCCCCUCCGUGGAGGAGUGGGGACGACCCUAGCGGUUCAGACGCUCUGCGAGCGGGACCACUGCUGGUUGCGCUCCUGGCCAUCCCGGGGCGGGCGCGGGCGGGCGCCGCUCCGGGAAUGUAGUUGGGGCCGGCUCAAGGCAGGACCGAUUGGCGGCCCGGGUUCCCGCUCCUGGGAGCGGAUGGUCACUCCCCCGCGGGAAGCGCGAUUCGGGAAGCUUUUCCUCGGGUCGGGGACCUGGCGGGCUCCGGGCAGGGACUCACCUGUAGCACCCACACUAGUCCCGGUUGGACUCGCGGGCGUCACCGCCGCAGACCUCGCUUAGGGCCAUGACCACCAGACAUAAUUAUGGUGAUUACAGCUUCUCUCUAUGAAUAAAUUCUUGUCAGCUCCUUGGGAUUUGAAAAGAAAAUGCCUGGUGUUAUACCUAGUGAAAGUAAUGGACUUUCAAGAAGUAGUCCAUCAAAGAAAAACAGACUUUCUUUGAAGUUUUUUCAGAAAAAGGAAACUAAGAGAGCCUUGGAUUUCACAGAUUCUCAAGAAAAUGAAGAAAAAUCUUCUGAAUAUAGAGGAUCUGAAAUUGAUCAAGUUGUUCCCGCAGCACAGUCCUCACCUAUAAACUGUGAGAAGAGAGAAAACUUGUUACCAUUUGUGGGACUGAAUAAUCUCGGCAAUACUUGUUAUCUUAAUAGUAUACUUCAGGUAUUAUAUUUUUGUCCCGGUUUUAAAUCUGGAGUGAAGCACUUAUUUAAUAUUAUAUCAAAGAAGAAAGAAGCUCUAAAGGAUGAAGCCAGUCAAAAAGAUAAGGGAAAUUGCAAAGAAGAUUCUUUGGCAAGUUUUGAACUGAUAUGCAGUUUACAGUCCUUAAUCAUUUCAGUUGAACAGCUUCAGGCUAGUUUUCUUUUAAAUCCAGAGAAAUAUACUGAUGAACUUGCUACUCAGCCAAGGCGACUGCUUAACACACUCAGGGAACUCAACCCUAUGUAUGAAGGAUAUCUACAGCAUGAUGCACAGGAAGUAUUACAGUGUAUUUUGGGAAACAUUCAAGAAACAUGCCAGCUCCUAAAAAACGAAGAAAUAAAAAAUGUGGCAGAAUUAUCUACUAAGGUAGAAGAAUAUCCUCACCAGAAAGAAGAAAUGAGUGUUAUUAACAUCAUGGAGAUUGACAAUAUGAGGCAUUCUGAAGACUAUGAAGAAAAACUACCAAAAGGAAAUGGGAAAAGAAAAAGUGACACUGAAUUUGGUAACAUGAAGAAAAAAGUUAAAGUAUCCAAGGAACACCAGUCAUGGGAAGAGAACCAAAGACAAACUAGGUCAAAAAGAAAAGCUACGGGUGAUACAUUAGAGAUUCCUCCUAAAAUAAUCCCCAAGUACGUUUCUGAAAAUGAGAGUGCAAGAUCCUCACAAAAGAAAUCAAGAGUUAAAAUAAAUUGGUUAAAAUCUGCAACUAAGCAACCCAGCAUUCUUUCUAAAUUUUGUAGUCUGGGAAAAAUAACAACUAACCAGGGAUCCAAAAGUCAAUCUAAAGAAAGUGAAUAUGAUCUUGAAGAGGAACUGGGGAAGUGUGAAAGUGAUAGGACAACUAAUGGUUGUGGAUUUGAAUCUCCAGGAAAUAAUGUUAAACCUGUAAAUGUUAAUGAAGUUAAGUCCAUAAACAAAGGUGUGGAGCAUAUUGGCUUUGAGCUUGUUGAGAAAUUAUUUCAAGGUCAGCUGGUAUUAAGGACUCGUUGCUUGGAAUGUGAAAGUUUAACAGAAAGAAGAGAAGAUUUUCAAGACAUCAGUGUGCCAGUACAAGAAGAUGAGUUUUCCAAAGUAGAAGAGAGUUCUGAAAUUUCUCCAGAGCCAAAAACAGAAAUGAAGACCCUGAGAUGGGCAAUUUCACAGUUUGCUUCAGUGGAGAGGAUUGUAGGAGAAGAUAAAUAUUUCUGUGAAAACUGCCAUCAUUAUACUGAAGCUGAACGAAGUCUUUUGUUUGACAAAAUGCCUGAAGUUAUAACUAUUCAUUUGAAGUGCUUUGCUGCUAGUGGCUUGGAGUUUGAUUGUUAUGGCGGUGGACUUUCCAAGAUCAACACUCCUUUACUGACACCUCUUAAAUUGUCACUAGAAGAAUGGAGUAUAAAGCCAACUAAUGACAGCUAUGGAUUAUUUGCAGUUGUGAUGCAUAGUGGUAUUACCAUUAGUAGUGGGCAUUACACUGCUUCUGUUAAAGUUACUGAUCUUAACAGUUUAGAAAUAGAUAAGGAAAAUUUUGUGGUUGACCAAAUGUGUGAAAUAGGUAAGCCAGAACCAUUGAAUGAGGAAGAAGCAAGGGAUGUGGUUGAAAAUUACGAUGAAGAAGUAUCGAUUAGAGUCGGAAACACACAGCCAAGUAAAGUUUUGAGCAAAAAAAAUGUAGAAGCUAUUGGACUUCUUGGAGGACAGAAGAGCAAAGCAGAUUAUGAGCUACACAACAAAGCAUCUAAUCCUGAUAACCAAUGUUUUUAA